AUGCCUUCCAAUUCGCCAUUUCCAGAUGUGAAAAUCCCAGAUGUCGACCUAUGGGGAUUCAUGUUUGAGCGGAAAGACAGGGACUUCUCAGAUGACAAAGUCAUUUACCGUGCAAUCAACUCUGAUCGAAAAUAUACAUUUGCCCAAGUAAAAGACCAGGCGAAAGUAUUCGGCGAGGGACUCCUGGAUCUCUGGGGUUGGCAGAAAGAUGACGUUUUGGCACUGUAUGUGCCAAACGAUGUCGAUGUCCCGCCAGUUAUAUACGGCACCUUUUAUGCAGGUGGAAUUGUUACGCCUGCAAAUCCAGGGUAUUCCAAAGAUGAAUUGGCCUACCAGCUGGAGAACUCUGGCGCCAAGGCACUCGUGACCACAAAAGCGUUUUUGACAACAGCGUUGGAGGCUGCAAACAAAGUCGGCAUCCCAAACGAUCGAGUCAUUUUGUUGGGACCUGAAAGAGAUGAUUCUUUUAAGCACAAGCACUGGUCCAGUAUUCGGAAGGCAUCCAUCUUAGAACGGUAUCGCAGAAGGAAAGCCAACCCCGAAGACCUGUCGUUCCUUGCCUACAGCUCUGGUACAACUGGGCUGCCAAAGGGCGUGAUGCUCAGCCAUCGAAACAUCAUCGCAGAUCUCCUUAUUCUAAAAGGGGGUGUAGGCCACUGGUACUCAUCAGCAGAAGACAAGUUCCUAGGCGUCCUCCCCUUCUUUCACAUCUACGGCCUUACUGGGCUCGUCCAUCAAACACUGCAGCGAGGCAUCGAGCUUGUCGUGAUGCCCACUUUCGACCUAAAGAUGUUCCUGGAAGCAAUCCAAGAGCACAAAAUCACAUUCAUAUACGUAGCACCCCCCGUCAUCGUGCGCCUAUCCAGAGACAUCAUAGUGACCCAGUACGACCUCUCAUCCCUAAAAAUGAUCACCAGCGGCGCUGCACCCCUCACAAAAGGCCUCGUCGACACCGUACACAAGCGACUGGGCCUGAAAAUCAACCAAGCAUACGGCUUGAGCGAAACAAGCCCCGUAACACACACUCAGCCCUGGGACGAAUGGUACACCUCAAUCGGCAGCGUAGGCAAGCUCCUCCCAAACAUGCAAGCAAAAUACAUUUCCGCCUCCGGUCUCGAACUCCCCCCCAACACCUCUACCCCGGGUGAACUCCACCUCCGCGGCCCCAACAUUUUCAAAGGCUACUGGAAAAACCCCUCGGCCACCGCCGCUGCCCUAACCCCCGACGGCUUCUUCAAAACAGGCGACAUCGGCUUCCAAGACGCUAACCACAACUUCUACAUUACAGACCGUGUCAAGGAAUUAAUCAAGUACAAGGGGUUUCAGGUCCCCCCUGCGGAGUUGGAGGGUAAGCUUAUGGAGAAUGAUUCGGUAGGGGAUGUUGCGGUGAUUGGGGUGGAGGAUCAGGAUAGGCAUACUGAGGUGCCGAGGGCGUAUGUAGUGCCUGCGGAGAACAUACGUGCGAGGGCUGGUCAGGACGAGGCGAGACAUAUUGUCAAGUGGAUGGAAGAGAGGGUUGCGGGACAUAAGUGGUUGAGGGGGGGAGUUGUGUUUGUAGAGGAGAUUCCUAAGAGUGCGAGUGGUAAGAUUUUGAGGAGGGUGUUGAAGGAGAGGUCUAAGCGGGAUGUAGCGUUGGGGGUUGACGAGAGGGCCAAGUUGUAG